AGACACUUGACCACUCACAGCUCUUCACCACUGCGUACGGCGUCGGCCUUUGCCCCCAUGUGGCGGCGCGACAGCCUGUCAUUCAAGGCAAAACCUGCCAUCACCACCACUAGCACAGGUUGCCGGAAUAUCCGCCCGCCAAUACUCCGGCAGAUACCGCCGCAGACAAUCGCAAAUCGCCUCUCUAGCACGGCUUACUCGAUUCGCGGCCGAAAGCUCACUACGCAACGUGCACCACCGUGCUUAAAGCUUGAUCUGCGGUGUUUGUGGAUCAUUUUGUGCGACUUUACCGGAUUUUUUUCUUUGGUUUGACUUGCCAUAAUCGAGACCUAAGAUGCCAGAGCUACCGACAGACCUGGAGCUACGGCGACGGCAGUUCAAAGGGCAAAUGUCCACAGUGCACACCAGAAGACAGCAGGCAGUAUGCGUCAGAAGGGCCUACAAACGAUACGGGACCAAAAGUAACCCUUACAUCAUCCUCGAUGGACUAAACAUGACUGUUCCUAAAGGAUGUAUAUACGGCCUACUAGGCGCUAGUGGUUGCGGUAAAACCACAUUGCUGAACUGUAUAGUAGGAAGAAAAAGACUUAACUCAGGAGAGAUCUGGGUGCUGGGAGGAACACCUGGAUCAAGAGGUAGUGGGGUACCUGGACCUCGUGUUGGAUACAUGCCUCAGGAGAUAGCUCUUUAUGGGGAAUUCAGCAUUCGUGAAACGCUUAAAUAUUUCGGUUGGAUUGCCAACAUGACCACUAGUCAAGUAGAUGCCAAAGUUGAUUUUUUCAUCAAUUUCCUAAUGUUGCCAGAUGCCGACAGGCAAGUGAAGAACCUUAGCGGCGGACAACAACGCAGAGUCUCCCUGGCUGCUACGCUUAUUCACGAACCCGAAUUGCUCAUUCUUGAUGAACCAACUGUAGGAGUAGAUCCCAUCCUAAGAACUCAGAUUUGGAACCACUUGGUGGAAAUCACCAAACACGGAAGAACGACUGUGAUCAUCACAACGCAUUAUAUUGACGAAACCAGGCAAGCACAUUUGAUCGGUUUAAUGAGAGGAGGCUACUUCCUAGCAGAAGAAAGCCCUGAAAAACUCAUCCAACAGUUCAAUGCCGAAAGCUUGGAAGACGUCUUUCUUAAACUGAGUGUAAUCCAGAACAUGGGCAAGAGGAGGAGAUCGAGUAUAGCUCAGACAGUCACAGAAAACAUCCACGUUCCAACAUUACCCGGUGCUGGAGCUGUAAAUGAGGGAGCUGUCCUGGACGAUGAGCUCGGUGGGGAAAUUUCUGGAGAGUUUGGAGAUAAUGUUUCGAUGAAUAGUAGGACAGGGAGAGUAUCGAUAGCACCAGAACCGUCAGCCGACCAUCCACCCGAAUUACCUCCAGAAGAAGAGCCAGAGCUGUCAUGGAAAGACCAUCUAAAAAUCGUACAGAUGCACCAUAUGCACGCACUCAUAUGGAAAAACUUCUUGUGGAUGUGGAGGAAUAUUCCUAUGAUGUUGUUUGUCAUUGGUUUACCUGUUGGUCAAGCAAUUUUAUUCUGCCUGGCUAUUGGUAAAGACCCGAAUGAUGUUAGGAUUUCUGUUGUCAAUAAUGAGAUCGAUUACCCGAGUGAACACUGCAGAGCUCUACUGGACUGCAAUAAUUCAAGACUCAGUUGUACAUAUUUGGAAUAUAUACGGCAAAACUACUCCCUUGAUAUGAAAUAUUAUCAAACUGAGGAAGAUGCUCGUCAAUCUGUAGUCAGGGGACAGUCUUGGGCUGUGAUGGUAGUGAGACAUAAUUUCUCGGAUUCUCUGAGGAAUCGCUUGGAAUAUGGAAAAGACGUUGACGAAGGAGAUCUGUUUGGGUCAACUAUUUCUGUGUAUCAAGAUAAGUCCAAUGAAAACAUUGCUACAUUCUUGACCAGAGAUUUGCUGUUCGGAUUUGCAAAUUUCUUCUCGUCAUAUUUGUCGUCUUGUGACGUAGAUACAAGAAUUGCGAAUUUACCCAUUCGUUGGGGAGCACCUGCUUAUGGAUUUGAAAAUCCGAAUUUCACCGAUUUUGCUGCUCCAGGUGUCGUGUUAACUAUAAUCUUCUUCAUGGCAGUAGCUCUAACAUCAGGCGCCAUGCUGAUAGAGCGGAACGAAGGUAUCCUCGAAAGAUCUCUUGUGAACGGAAUCAGCGGUGUUGAGCUAUUAUCUUCACAGAUCUUCACACAAUUUAUCGUGAUGCUGGGCCAAACGAUCAUGGUGCUGUUAGUGGUCUUCGUUUUCUUUGCCUUGACUCAGCAAGGAAGUUGGUGGUUGGUGUUCACGAUCACCUUGUUGGCUGGCAUGUGCGGAAUGUGCUUUGGUUUUGUGGUCUCCUGCAGCUGCGAUACAGAACGAACGGCAACAUACAUGGCUCUAGGAAGUUUCUUACCAAUAGUUAUGUUGUGCGGGAUCAUAUGGCCAAUCGAAGCUAUGGACAACUACUUGAAGUACAUAUCCAGUGUGCUACCUCUAACUCAAGCUACGGAUAGUAUGAGGUGCGUCCUUGCCAGAGGGUGGGGAAUGAGUAAACCUGUUGUGUAUCAAGGGUUCGUUUCGUUGAUAGUAUGGAUCAUUGUAUUCUUGACAAUAAGUAUAUUGGUGCUUAAAUUCAAGAAGGGAUAAAUUAUGCUUCGAUGAUUUGGACUAGACAAAUGCCGGGCAUGUUUGCAAUAUACUACAGAAAACGUCUCAGCUCAAUUAAAAAAAGGUUUCAAUUUUUGGGUUCGGCCGAACAUUUUUGCAAAAGGUUCUAGUUAUAGGAUUUGGAUUGUUUUAGAGUAAAUAUUCUUGGAAUACUAGUAUAUACAACUGAAAACUUACGUCUUUGGAGGUUAACGCACUCUAAAUGAUACAGCAGAGAGUUUUGGCAAUUACAAAUAAUGUCAUUUACGCCAAAUAGAUUAUUUAAUGGAUUAAAUGUCAACAAGGCGAACUUUGACGCCUGCACAUCCAGUAGUACAGGGUUAUUACAAAGGAAUCAUCGGGUUUUAAAAAUAUAUAUUUCUGAAGGUAUUACAGAUAUAACAGUAAGUGACAUGUCAAUGGAAAGGUAAAAUAUUCAAGAUUUUAAGCAUGUUAUUACAAAUGUUCGAUGUGGGCUCCUUGCGUCACACGACAUAUGUUCAAACGAUAGUCCAGUUCGGCCCAUACACGCUGCAAUGUGUCUCGAUCGAUAUUGUUAAUAACAGUAGUAGUAAUGCGUUCCCGGAGUUGACCCAAUGUUGUUGGCAGAGGUGGUAUGUAAACCAUAUCUUUAAUGUGACCCCAAAGGUAAAAAUCGCAUGGUGUAAGGUCGGGAAACCUGGGAGGCCACGCGAACAAUACCAAAUCUUGUGCAGUACCUCGGCCAAUCCAACGGUGAGGCAGUGCCUCGUUUAAAUACCGACGCACCUCAUGAUGCCAGUGAGGCGGAGCUCCAUCUUGUUGGAAUAUGAAGUUGUUAGAAUCUUCUGUUAGUUGCGGAAAUAACCACAAAUGCAACAUAUCUAGGUAGGAUGAACCGUUCACAAUGUUUUCAUGAAAGAAAAAAGGCCCGUAUACUUUAUUUUUGGAUAUUGGACAGAAGACAUUCAAUUUUGGAGAAUCCCUUUCAUGUUGCACAAUCAUAUGAGGAUUUUCCGUGCCCCAUAUCCGAAUGUUAUGACGGUUCACACUUCCACUUAAAUGAAAUGUCGCUUCGUCACUGAAUACCAGACAGUUAGCGAAUUCGUCAUUUAGCAUACUGAGCUCGUGGCGUUACCUAGGGAGGUAAAGCGGCGUUCGCAAGCACGUGCUUUAAACUCGAACAUUUUACUUUUCUAGUGAUAUGUCAUUUGAUAUUAUAUUUGCAAUACUCUCUGAAAUAUAAAUUUUUAAAACCCAUGUUAUAAUAUCCAUAUAAACUUGUUUUGUGCAUAUUAUUAAUCAACAUCCCAAUAAACCAUAUAUAACGGCAUAACUUUAUUAUGUGAUCACGUAACUGAUUUUCUGGUGUAGUUUUAGUUAGAAUGUACGUCAGGCUUGGUGCAUGCUCAUAACGUGAAUUUAUCUUGCCAAAUAGGUACUCUCCUAAAAAUGAUUAGGAUAUAAUUUACAGGGUGAAUUGUAGCUCAUGACAGUUCGUGAUAAGAAAAACGUAUACUCUAUUGUUAAUGAGAUUUUACAGGUUUUUACAGACACACAAAUAAGGUCAGUAUGACCUUGCUCAAAUGAUUGUUAAAUGGUUAAGGUCAGUAUCUAUCCCAAAUGCUGUAUGUAGAAUUGACUGACAUGUUGCCAUUAUUACUUACUUUGUACUUAACGAUUCCGUCCAAAUAUUAGCAGUUAUUUUAUUGUAGUUUGUAGAUUAUUAUUAUUAUUAUGAUAAUUGAGAUGAGCAGAGUACACAGUACUAUAAGAUGUGUAACAUUUAGGAAAUAGGAUUAUUCAAAAAGUUGAGAUGACAUUCUUGCACGUUUGCAACUUUGAGGAUUUUUGCAUACUUGUUUAUCCUACAAUACUCGUAUAUGAGAAUAGCAUCGCUGAAAUUUCCUGAAAAAAUUUAAUCUUUAGGUUCUAUCCAUAAGUUUUUGCAAAAAGAAAUAAAUCGUAAGCUUAUGAUGGCAAUGAGACGUGUAUAUUUUUGAAUGGUCCUAUUACUUUUAAGUAAAUAUUCGAUCAUAAGAGUUAUAUGUAUUGACUACUAUAUGAUUAUUUAUUUUCAAUGUGAUUGUAAAAGGUAAUUGUGUACUUAAUGAAAUAGACAUUUUGUUAUAUAUGUUGAAGGUUUUAAUAAUAAU